AUGGGACAUGGAUGUGAGAAAUGCUACCAGGAGUCUAGCGUGAGCCAUUCCUUGGAGUCCUUGGGUGAGCCCAUCUUGGAAGAUGAGACCCGUGAGACCAACGAAGCGGCCAUCCUGAAGACCCUGAGGUCCAACCUUUUGCACCGCUGCACUUCGAUCGCUUCAGACCUCACCGAGCACGUGGCCAAGGUUGCUGCUAGCUUCUCAAAUGGCUCUGUGGCUUUGCUUGAUUUUGGGCCAGAUGUGGUGGCUGCGCUGAGCUUUCCUUGCAGUCAGCGAGAGAUUGAGAUCAAGACCUCGGCCAUCACUCCCAACCAGAGGCUCUGCGGCACAGAUGAAGCUUCUCCGAAACACAAGCAGUUGCUGGUGGGAACAGAGGCUGGCAUUGCUACAGUUUGGAGGAUGGACAGGCACUUGGAAGAUCCCUGUCAGUGGCAGGCUCAUUCAGUUACUCCCUCACCUGGACGUUUCGCAGGGAUCUCUGCAGUGGGCAUCGGCAAUCAGGAGCUCUUCACUGGUGGCGCCGAUGGCUCCAUGUGCAUCUGGAGCCAACCAGGUCGAUCUGGUGAUCGACUUUUGAGGAAGAUCCCAGCACAUGGCGGAGCAGUAACGUGUGUGGAGUCUGCGGGACCUGCACAGGCCUUCAGUGCUGGAGAGGACGGCUACGUGCGCUACUGGUCGGCCGAGGUGGCCACGCCAAGCUCAAUGGAAACGACCUGUGACGCUGAGCUGCCGUUGCACAACAGGGACUGCCGAGAGAGGACUCCUCAGUCACCGAUCUACAGCAUGUGCGUGGACCGGCGGCUCUCACGGGUCCUCGCAGGGGCCGAGGAUGGCUGCAUUCGCCUUUGGGACACGAUGGUGUGGCGACCAACAAAACGAUCCCCGCAUAUCUCCGCGUCAGAGGAGGAGCCACCAUCGCUCACCGCAGUGAGAUUCAACACCGGGGAGGCCUUUUACCAUGAGUUCGUCAGUGGCGCAGCAGAUGGGUCCUGGUGCCUUUGGGACCUGCGAGAGGCCCAGCCGGUGAACGGAGCAAAGGACCCAGAGAAGUCAAAAUUGAUGUCAGUGGCCUUGCAUGGAGCUCGAUUGCUCACAUGUGCUGAAAAUGGCCUUCUGGUGCUGUGGGACCUCCGAGCUAACAAGGUCUUGCGGAAGGUGGCGCCAAUGGACGGCCAGUACUUGCGAAGGUCAAGGAAAGGAUCGGGAACACAGGCCAGAACAUGA